AUGCAAAUGGAAGAGAAGCAGGCCUUCUUCGUAGAGAGCGUGGAUGGGCGCAAGUUCAAGAUGGUCAUCCGCGGCGAUCUGGGCAAGCUCAGCGUCGCCAAGAUUCGCCGCUACCUGAAGUCCUACGGUGUACCAGAGAACCAGCUCCUGCUUGCCGGCAACCGUGUGCUGGAGGAUGCCAUGCUGGGUGAGCAGUUUGGCUUGGAAAACGAAGGUGUGCUGCAUCUACGGGAGCCGACCACUGUGCAACAUUUAGCACCUGCAGCUGUCCCAUCCACUGCACAGAGUAGAACCCAGCUCCAGCAGAAACCAGAACUAUCGUACGAGCCACAGUCGGCGUGGCGCGAGACGCGGUAUGAGCCCGCCGCGCACGACGCCCGGCAGAUGCAGCGUGAGAUAGAGCGGUUGCAGCGGCAGGUGGAGGCCGCAGAGGCGCGCAACGCGGACCUGGAGCAUCAGCUGGAACAGGUAGCCGAGUCAUCAGCACCAUAUCCACCUCGAGGCGGUGCUGGUGGUGCGCGAAGAAUGAGCAAUUCCAGCGACUUGGAUGGGCUGCAAGUAGCAAAGCAGAGUCUGAAGAUAUUGGCGCAGAAGCUGGGGGUCUCGCUACAAUUUGACAAGAAUCUCACGUGUGUAGUAGGGACAGACGCGGACUUCUCCAUCUUGCUUACCUACGACCCCGCGACUGAGCGGCUGUACAUUUACUCAUCGCUUCUCACUGAACUCCCAGACCACCCGCCGCUGCGCAUGAAGCUGUACGAGGUGCUUCUCGAGGGGUCGCUGCUAGGUCGCGAGGUCUGCGGCGGCGGCGUCGGUCUGUCGACGCAGAACAACGUCGUCGUGCUCACAACGUCUCUUCCGGUGCGUCACUGCAGCCCAGAAGCGCUUUGUGAAGUGAUGCCGCUCUUUGUCGAGACACUUGUGCGCUGGCGAAGUCUUAUCGAUGAGCUCGUGCGGUAG